ACAUAAUUUUUAUUGUUUAGCUUUAUUUGAAGGUAGACGCCUCGAAUUUGCAGAACAAAUAAAUAAGAUGGAGGCUAGGCCUAGAAGACAGACAAUGAAGGAAAAAGAGCAUCAGGUGGUGCGUAAUGAAGAACAGAAGGCGGAACAAGAAGAGGGUAAGGUGGCUCAGCGAGAGGAAGAGUUGGAGGAGACAGGUAAUCAGCACAAUGAUGUAGAAAUAGAGGAGGCAGGAGAAGAAGAGGAAAAGGAAGUAGGUAUAGUGCAUAGUGAUGCAGAGAAAGAACAGGAGGAGGAGGAGCAAAAACAGGAAAUGGAGGUUAAGAUGGAGGAGGAAACAGAGGCAAGGGAAAGUGAGAAACAACAGGAUAGUCAGCCUGAGGAAGUUAUGGAUGUGCUAGAGAUGGUUGAGAAUGUCCAGAAUGUAAUUGCUGAGCAGGAAGUGAUGGAAACUAAUCAAGUUGAAAGUAUAGAACCUUCAGAAAAUGAAACUAGCAAAGAAUUGGAGCCAGAGAUGGAAUUUGAAGUUGAGCCAGAUAAAGAAUGUAAAUCUCUUUCUCCUCCAAAAGAGAAUGUUAGUGUUGUAGAAGUGGAAAAAGAAUCAGAGGAAAAAGAAGAAAAAGAAUCUGAACCCCAACCUGAGCCUGUGGCUCAGCCUCAGUCCCUCCUUCCACCCCAGCCUCAGUCUCAGCCCCAGCAAGUACAUCAGCCCCAGCCUCUCUCUCAACCUGAGACUUUGACAUUAGCUAUUUCACAGGCACCACCUCAGGUUAUUCAGGAACAAGAGAAUCAACUACCUGAGAGGAAAGAGUUUCCUGUUGAGCCUGUAAAGCUCACUGAGGUGCCAGUAGUGGAACCAAUUUUAACAGUGCACUCAGAAAGCAAAAGUAAAACCAAAACCAGGAGUAGAAGUAGAGGUCGAGUUAGAAAUAAAACAAGCAAGAGUAGAAGUCGAAGCAGUAGCAGCAGUAGUUCUAGUAGCAGUUCAACCAGUAGCAGCAGCGGAAGCAGUUCUAGCAGUGGCAGCAGUAGUAGUCGAAGCAGUUCUAGUAGUAGUUCCAGUACAAGUGGUAGUAGUAGCAGAGAUAGUAGCAGCAGCACUACUAGUAGUAGUGAGAGUAGAAGUCGAAGUAGGGGUCGGGGACACAAUAGAGACAGAAAGCACAGAAGGAGCAUGGAUCGGAAGCGAAGGGAUACAUCAGGAUUAGAAAGAAGUCACAAAUCUUCAAAAGGUGGUAGUAGUAGAGAUACAAAAGGAUCGAAGGAUAAGAAUUCCCGGUCUGACAGAAAGAGGUCUAUAUCAGAGAGUAGUCGAUCGGGCAAACGAUCUUCAAGAAGUGAGAGAGACCGAAAAUCAGACAGGAAAGACAAAAGGCGUUAAUGGAAGAAGCCAGCCUUUCUUAGCCUAUUCUUUGCAGCAGAAGAUUUCUUGAUGAGUUAAAGGAUUACCUUUCCUUGUAAGGAGGAUGCUGCCUUAAGAAUUGCAUGUUGUAAAAAAUCUUUUUGGAAAAUACAGACUGUUUGUUUACCAGACAUUCUUGUACUUUUUGCAUAAUUUUGUAAGAGUUAUUUAUCAAAAUUAUGUGAGGUUCCAAAAUAUGUAAAAAUAAUAAUAAUAAAAAGAUUAACAUCCCUUGUCAUCUUUUUUAAAUAUCCUAUAUGCUUCAGUAAGAAUCUGUAUAUUUUAAUAGGUAAAUCUUUUAAGUCUUUUCCCUUCUAAUUCUGUAUCAUACAUUACUUUUGUAGAAAUAAAUGUUCAUUUCAUUAUAUUUGAGAUGUCCUUGUUGACGCUUGUAUAAUAAAUAACCUCUUGAUAUCAUUUUCAGUUUUUAUCACUAGAUAAUAAGAUUAGAAUGUUUUUGAAGAUUUCCUCACUUACUUGGCCUUAGCUGUCAGGUCUUUGCAGCUUUGAAGGGGAAUAGUUCUCUUUAUAAUCAUUUACUAUUUUCUGAUCUCCCUUGUUAAUCUAAGCGUUUUCCUAUUUUUUGUUCAGACCGUAUAGUUGGUAGAUAACGUAAACUAGCACAUUUUGGUUGUCAUUUUCCUGAUUAUGGGAGCAUCAUUCUUCUGUCUUUGUGGUUACCUCUGUGCUAACAGUAUAUGCGAUCUGUUAAACUAAUAGUUCUUUCUAAGGGAGGGAGGUAAAAGAAUCUUCUAAACUUGGAUUUCGAAUUUGUGGUCUUGUCUUAACAUUUGUGUUGGCUCUAACUUAAAUAUGCCAAUAUGUGUUUUAGAGAAGUUUUGUUCAAGGAACCAUUGUAUGGAAGUUUACAAAAUGAAGGAAGUUCAUCUAGACUUGACUAUGUAAGCAAGAUAACACGCUAAGUGUACCUGGUGAUAACUUUGUUGUUUUAUAAAUUUGUAUGGAGUAUUUGUUGCCCAUUACUAUACAUGUGCAAAUAAAUGUGGCUUAGACUUG